AUGGCACAUGCCCCUCACCCUCUUGCGACCCUCGACCAAAUCAUCAACACCCCUUCGUCGAAAGAUGGGAUACCGAGAGAAGUGGAAGCUGACCUUCGCGUUGCGGGAUGUAUGUUGAUCCAAGAAGCCGGGGUGAUGCUGAAGUUACCGCAGAACACAAUGGCCACAGCUCAAGUCAUAUUCCAUCGAUUUUUCUAUGUCUCUUCGUUCUAUUCUUUCGGCGUAAAUGAUAUCUCCAUAUCUUCAUUAUUUCUCUCGACUAAACUGUGUGAGACACCCAUUCGAUUACGAGAUCUUAUUAAUACAUAUCUGUUUUUAUUGGCACGAAUACAACAUCUCCUAAAUCUUCCCGCAGAUCAGCCGUUCAAGAUACGCCCGUCUUUAGGUUCAGCUUCCGAUUGGCAAUUAGGGGAUGGACAGAGGAAACAAUCUAGUAAAGGGAAAGAGAAAGAACAGGAUCCCAUCUGGGACGGAUUCAAGUUUGAUGUACCGGGAUUUCAUGAUGAGGUGUUUUGGGAAUGGAAAGAUGUCAUCACAGCUAGCGAAAUGCAAAUACUGAAGAGGCUAGGAUUUAACAUGCAGGUCGAUCUGCCAUAUAGUCAUAUGAUAAACUAUCUGAAAAUAUUAGAUUUGGUAUUUGAAGAUGAGGUGGCUCAGAUGUGCUGGUCAAUAUUGAACGACAUGUUACUGACACCUAUGUACGCCAUUCAUCCACCUCAUACCUUAGCAUGUGCAUCGAUACUUCUUUCAACUCGUUUAUUACGCAUUCCAUUGCCGGAAGGGUGGUAUAUCCUCUUUGACACAACUUUUGAUGAUAUAUGGUCAUGCAGCGGACAUGUCAUGAAAGUCUAUAAUGGUUGGGGAAUCGGUACACCACGUGGAACGACCAACUCUGGAUUUCACAUGAGUCAACAUGAUGAAGAGAGGACAGGUAAGGAGAACAGAUGGAGAAGAGCCUGGGUUUUAGCUCAGAGCAGAAAAGCUGUUAGGAGAUGGUUGGAAGAGAGAGAGAAGAAUCAAGUGACAACAUAG